UUAAAUCUAUUUUACUAUGUUAGGACCUUGAAGAAACGGUUCAAUUUUCUUUAUAUUUCGAAGACCUUUAUUUAAUUUUUCUAUCAUUUUCUUCCUAGUCGUCAUAUAUUUCGGAUAGUCCCAUAGUACGUGGUUUGGAGUUUCCUGUUCAAAACCGCACCUGCAAUUAUUGGAACUUAUUAUUCCUACUCUUGCAAGGGAGGCUGCCAAAUUGUAAUGGUUCGUUCUGGCUGUUGUAAAGAAUAAAGAAUAUAAGAUCUGGACAAUGUUAUCGGUUAACAAAGCAGUUGACCAAUGAAAUCUUUGUCCAAGAAAUUGGUUGUCCAAUGAGGAAAUGGCAAUGACUUUGGUGGUAAGUAAAAGUAGUAAACAGUACGGUACGAAUCGAGCUAUCGUCGACGUCGAAACUGUCAAACAUGGCGAGAAUGUCGAUCUUGAGUGCUGGUCAAAAAUGUGAAUAGAAGGUUCGCGUUGCGGUGAGAUUGGUGAAUCUCAGAUAUUCUCGUCGUCGGCAGAGGCCGGCGAGAGAUGCGAUCUGGAGUUAGACUGUCAGGCCGAAAGUGAAUGUGCCGAGUGAACGGCCCCGGCAAUUUUGCGGCCGGGAUUAAUCUAAGGGCAUGCCAAUUCGGGAACUAUGGGUGCUCAACAGACUAAGGAGAGAAUUGUUCCUGCCGGCUCUACUGCGCGACAGACGCGCAAACAGCCAAGGAACCUUAAAGAGUCCCGUCUUGUUGGUUCCAAUAUAUUUACAGAACACAGCGAAGCUCUUUUACAAAGCAGACCACUACCUCACAUUCCGGCAUUACCUGAUGGUGAUCCUCCUAGUGGCUCUGCCAUCCAACCAAUUUCACAGCAAGUGAAUAUUCAGCAACAUGCUGGUGUUUCAUCUACAGGGCUUUUGGAAGCUGCAAACAGAUGGACAAGUAAGGAAAACUUAUUAGCACAGGAGGAAGAUGAUCCGCAACUGUUUGUUGCUCUAUAUGAUUUUCAAGCAGGUGGAGAAAACCAACUUAGUCUUAAAAAGGGGGAGCAAGUUCGUAUCCUAAGUUAUAAUAAAAGUGGAGAAUGGUGUGAAGCUCAUUCAAGUACUGGUCAAGUGGGGUGGGUUCCUUCAAAUUAUGUCACCCCUGUAAAUUCCUUGGAAAAGCAUUCAUGGUAUCAUGGAAGGAUAUCCAGGAAUGCUGCUGAGUAUCUCUUAAGUUCUGGUAUAAAUGGAAGCUUUCUGGUUCGUGAGUCAGAAAGCAGCCCAGGGCAACGCAGUAUUUCUCUGAGAUAUGAGGGUAGAGUCUAUCAUUACAGGAUCAAUGAAGAUAGUGAAGGAAAGAUGUUUGUCACAACAGAAAGCAAAUUUAAUACUCUGGCAGAAUUAGUACAUCAUCAUUCAAUGCUUGCUGAUGGCUUAAUCACACAGCUACUUUAUCCUGCACCAAAGCAUAACAAACCGACUGUUUUUCCGCUUAGUCCGGAACCAGAUGAGUGGGAGAUUAAUAGGACAGAUAUAGUCAUGAGGCAUAAAUUAGGUGGAGGACAAUAUGGGGACGUUUAUGAAGCGGUAUGGAAGAGAUAUAACAUGACCGUCGCUGUAAAAACGUUGAAGGAAGAUACAAUGGCUCUAAAAGACUUUCUGGAGGAGGCCGCAAUCAUGAAGGAGAUGAAACACAGGAAUCUGGUUCAGUUAUUAGGUGUAUGUACUCGGGAACCACCAUUUUACAUCAUUACAGAGUUCAUGAGCAAAGGGAAUCUGCUGGACUAUUUGCGGAAUGAGAGCAAGCAUCAAAUCAAUGCCGUCGUUUUAAUGCAUAUGGCCACGCAGAUUGCUAGCGGGAUGAGUUAUCUGGAAAGUAGAAAUUUUAUUCACAGAGAUCUAGCGGCUCGAAACUGCCUAGUCGGUGAAAAUCAUCUGGUGAAGGUUGCUGACUUCGGCUUGGCCCGGUUGAUGAGAGAUGACACCUACACGGCUCACGCUGGAGCGAAGUUCCCUAUAAAAUGGACUGCUCCGGAAGGGUUAGCUUACAACAAAUUCUCUACGAAGUCCGAUGUUUGGGCAUUUGGAAUUUUACUUUGGGAGAUAGCGACCUAUGGUAUGUCUCCAUAUCCUGGCGUCGACUUAACGGAUGUGUAUCACAUGCUGGAGAAGGGCUACCGAAUGGAAUGUCCACCUGGAUGUCCACCAAAGGUGUACGAACUGAUGCGUCAAUGCUGGCAGUGGGCUGCUGCUGACCGGCCUACCUUCAAAGAGAUUCAUCAUUCUCUUGAAAAUAUGUUCCAAGAAUCCAGUAUUACCGAGGAAGUGGAAAAACAACUGCAAGGAGGAGGUGAUAUCCCUUUGCUUUCAUAUAAGAAAUCCCAGACUGGUAGUACUGGAAACAUCCAUGGGCUUGUUCUAGUCUCCGAGCCAUUACCCUCUUCAGAAACUACUAGCUCGGUAACAAAGCUAAGUACAUUUACGGGUGGUCUCUCGAGUAAAAAUAACAGCAGUAUCGUCCAAAUGAGGCGUUCUACGAAUAAAAAAGGAAAACAAGCUCCGGCACCUCCAAAGAGAACGAGCCUGCUGUCGUCGUGCAGUUCGUUUCGCGAUUCUGCCUACCAAGAGCAAGAUACCCAAAAUACUGAAACAAACACCAUGACUCUCGACGAUGCCACGGAUCUAAAUGGUAUUGAUAAGAUUCUCGAAGGUAUUGCGCGAGAUCUCGCGACGAUGGCUCAAGGAACGAUUGCUGCAGGAGGCUGCGAAGUCGAGGAGGACGGAGAGGGUUCUCAAGGUACGGCGGAACCAAAUUUUAUCCCACAACCAUCGACGUCUCCGGAGCCCAUACCUGGUCUAGCCUGUUCUCAGAAACAAAUUAAACCACGACCUUAUCCAUCAAAGGAACCAUUACCGCAAAAGCUAGUACAAGUGGGAGCAUUAGAAGUGCAGAAUGUAAAAAGAGCUAUUAAUCGUUAUGGUACAUUACCAAAAGGUGCUAGAAUCGGAGCGUAUCUAGAAUCUUUGCGUCAAAGUGGUAUGCCAUCGAAUCAAGAAUCUUCAACGGUGGUUUCUUCUAUGGCACCUAGUUCAAUAGAACAACACGAGACUUCUAUCGAUAAUUCGCAACACAGAUCACUAUCUCCUCGUCAAAGCAAUCUACGAAAUCAACCUCAAAUGACCCGCAGUAAUUCUUCCAGCGGUGUCGUUAAUACUUACCAACCUCCGAAUUCCCCUCGUGGCCGUGUAGUAACCGUAAGAAAGAACAAUCAGUCCGAAGGUGUUGGUCUAAGAACUUUUCGGGUUUCGAGUAACUCAAACUUCAGAACCGCGAGUCCAUCAAGAUCCGUUCAACCGUCGUUAGCUGAUUUAGAAUUUCCUCCUCCACCCGCAGACUUGCCUCCUCCCCCAGAUGAAACUUUCUCUGGUCAGGAGCAAGCUGAACUUCCUCUUCCCGUUUCAUGUACCGAAAUAUCUCAGAUCAGAAAUUCUCCUCUUUCUAUAAGAAAAGCAAAGAAUACGGAUUGGCGUACGAAGGAAGAAGAUAGCGAGCAACAGGAAGAUAGAAACGACGUUAGUAAUAUAGAGCCUUCUGUCAAAGAAGCUUGUUCGAGGUUUGGAGUUAAUUUAAGGCGCAGAGAAACUCAAGAUAAUUCUUGUAGAAAUUCUGAUAACAAAAGAACGGGGUUUAAGUCCAGAAUGGAGAUGAUCGAGCCUGCCGCACCACCUGAGGAAGCACCACCUCCUCCACCACCACCUCCGCCACCAAUUUCUACGAACACACCCCCCGAUAGUUUUGAACGUAAACCUGGCAUGAAAGAAAUGUUGGAAUUAAAAUUGAUCAAUGAAAUUAAACAAAGCGCUGAAACGAAGCAUGGCGCGAGCACGAAGAAGCCCGGUGCGACAAGUAACACUCCAUCCGCGCCUCUCGAUCCAGCAUCCCAGUUACUUUCGGAACUUUGCGCUAGUUUUAAUAUGGAGUCUGGACAGAGACACGCCCAAAACGAGUACGCUGUGUCAACUUUAAAAACCAAUGACAUAACUCAAGAGCAACAACAGCAGCAACAACAAAGUCAUAACACUCACAAGGAUUCGUCGGUAUCCUCUCCAGUGACCGAAUCACUACUCUCCAGUGGAAAUGUUGGCUUCAAGUUGAAGAGAGUAGACAAACGGAAUAAUCCGCAGAAAGAAGAAGCAACCGAUGGACAAAUAAUUGAUUUCAAGGCGAGACUUCGAAAAGUUGAGAAUGCAGAAAAGGAGAAGUCUUUAGAAGAGAAAAGUACCGUUACUGAGCAAUCCUCAGAAUCGGAAGAGCAACAAGAUGACAAGCGUAGAAGUACCGGUAGUAUCAGUAGCUUGAAGAAACUUUGGGAAAAUAAAGAAUCUUGUGACAGUCAGCCUCACAGUCCGAAACUUAACGUCAGAGGAAGUAGUGGCAAACAAGAGAUGCUUGACCAGACUGAAGACUCACCAGAGGAUCAUAGCGGAGCCUCGACCCGUAGUCAGAGUUCCGGUAGCAAAAGUGAUGCCAGACUGUGGCCACCACCUGAACCAGAAAAACCGGCAGUUCCUGCCAAACCAUUAAAACCACUGUGCUCGUCGACAAAGCACUUUGGUUCAUCGAUUUAUGCAACGCCAAACUGUACGAAAUCCCAGCACGCUGAGGAUGACCUAAACAAACAGAAUACAGAUUCAAAGACAGCGAAACAGGCAGUAUUGGAGCUUUCGACAUUGAUCGAGAGCAGCGUAUUAAAUUUGAAAAGUAGUUCAACAAUAGUAAUGGCCAGUUGGCUUCAGCUGUCAGACAAGGUAGGGCUAUUACAUGGAAUGUGCACGAAUCUUGCAGAUAGCGGUAUAGCACCACACGCGCGGUUUCAAUUUCGCGAACUUCUUGUAAGAUUAGAGCUUCAGGCACGGCAGCUUCGUGCAGCUGGUACUCGAAACGUUGCAGAGAAUACAAGGCUUCUUACUGACCUGCAAAACACGAUAAAGGAUGUUGUUAAUGCUGUGCAAAGAUAAACUAGAAAGAUCAUUUUCUUCAUCUUUACCCCUUGUUCUCGUCCUCAUUUUCAUCUGACAAUUUAUCAUACUCGUCUGUAUAAUCGGUCGGAUAUAUUUUAAACUUCCCUUUUUAUUUCUUCGAUAGAAUUAGCCUUUUAAAUUUCGGUUCUGCGUACUAAGUAACUUUAUGGUUCUUCCCCCGUUUCAUUUGAGAUUUUGUUUUAUGUUUGUUUUCGUGAUGAAUUUCUUUAUUAAUUCUGCUGCUACCUUCUCUGACGAUGACUCUGUUAAGAGUCUAAAUUUCGCUUAUGGAGAAUACGUGAAACCAAGAGUGUUGAAAAAUUAGGCCUCAAACCGAACACGGCCUCAAUUAAUAUCGGUUUGAUGGGAAAAUAAUAAUGAAGUCUAAAAUUAAGAUACUAAAUUAAAGAAUAAAAAAUAUAUUUCGAUUUUCAUUAAUAUAUUUCUUAUCAUAGACUGCGAUUAGCUAUUUUCGUUCGGAUUUAGGGAUAUUGUUGUACUAAAAGUAUUAUUCUUUUGAUAUGGAGAAAAAAAGACCAUAUAGCGAGUAAUUCACUUAUAUUUUUUAUCAAUUGAGUUUUACAAAGGAAAAAGAAAAAGAACUAUUAAGUCUCAAAAACAAGAUGAGUCUAGAAGUAUGAUAACUAACUAAGGAUUAAAUAUACUGGUUCCUUAAAUUUUUUGAACAAUAGUUUUUAAACUGGUAGAGAAGGGGACGAGUAAUCGCAAUUUAUCAAAACAAAAAAUUCUAUAUAUAUAUACAUGUAUACAUAUACUGCAAAAAAUAGUUUUUGUACACUAAACAUUUGGUUUCUUUUAAAUUAAUUAUUGUUACUUUUACGUCGAUCCACUAUGUAUCCUGUAUAAGUAAAGUUCUACGUGAAUUAUACUCGUCCGCUAUACGAUAAAUGUGGUGAUUAUAGUUGUCGAGUAAAAUGUUUCGGUGUUCUUUCAUCGAACUUUCUUGCGCCGUGCUUCGUAAUAUUGUACGCAGUCUUAGGCUAGAUUAUACAUCGUAAGUGCGAAACUUUUAAGCGAGUACGCCAUUUUAACGCGUGAGAGAAUGUAACAAUUUUUGUAUUUGUAUAGAAUAAGUCGAAUAACAGGUAUGCUUAAUGGUACAGUAAAACUUUGAUCGUGAAAACUAAUCGGAAUAAUACUCUCAAAUUGAUCAAUUUUCUGAUUAAUCAAUUAUAAUCAUUUUAUUUAUACAGCAGCAAUUUAAUUUAUUGUCGUCUUCAUACUUUAUUUAGAAAAUCAUGCACAUCAUUUUUAAUAGUAUUAAUGAUUUCAAUAUUUAUCAUAAUUUGAUUACUUAGAAUAUAUAUCAGUAAAGUAUAUUCCAAGAAUGUUAAAAUUUAUCAAUAUUAAUUUAGAAUGCUGAUUAUAAUAUGAAUAAUUAGUAUCCGAUUAAUCAAAAGUUUGAUCAUGUAUUUCAAUAAUCAAAAACCAGAUUUAUAUAUGGUUUAAGAAUAUCGAGGUUUUACUGUAUUAUUCAUGUAAAUCAGCGGGUGUAAUUAAUCAAAUUCUGAAGCGUUUUGUUUUGUCCACGUAAUCGUGUGGAUGUUCUUCCACGAAACGCUAAUGGAAAAUACAGGACUCCGGAUACUUCUUGACGAAAUAAACAAACGAAAAGAGAGAUAGAAAUUAUUGAUCGUAAAAUUAUUGUUAAUGUGAAUUAGUAAUUUAUUUUGCUUUUUAUUUAUCAAUCAUGUAUUAUAGUAUAAUUGCAUUUUAAUUCAUCAGUCAUGAAUGAACUGAGGUAUACAUUAAGAUCCAAAGAAUGGACGGAAAAUAAAUAAUCGAAUUUA